AUGCGAACGAGUGGGUGCAGAACGACCGUCACUGGAAAACAAACCUCAUGUUCAGCCAUAAAGAACUCUCGCCCGGGCUGGAGCGACCAAUUUGAUUGGGUCGAGUUGAAAGUAGGAAGGCGUUGCUGUCAUCAAUUUCCUUACGCUGCCCAUCAGACUGGCGUGGGGGCGACGAGGAAGAUCCGACAAGGACCGGUGUCCUCCUACCAACCGCAAAACCGGAGAGAAUUGCGCCGAGAGUGGCGGCAACGACAAGCAUACAGGCUGACAAAGGGUCGGCGGCGCGGUCAGUGA